ACAGGAGCGAGAGCCUGGGUGCGAGCCAGGCCGUGCAGGGCUCUGGGACACGGGACGCAGGAGCAGGAACAGGGAGGGGGCUGUGAAAGUCCCUGUCCCAGGGAGUGCGGCAGCUGCAGCCCAGGCUUCAGUGUGACAUCCAUGUUUUGCUCCGGAUCGGCCCAUCCUUCUGUGGGACAUGGAAGGGAAAUGGCUGCAGUGGAGGCAGUUCAGGUAGGGAUUAUUGGGGAGUGGCUGUUGGGUUCCUGCUAGAAGGAGAGGGGCAGUAAAUAGAUAGGAGGUGGGGGCUUCUGGGUGGUUGGUCUGGAGGUGGAGGAAAUAUACAGGGGGGAGGAGGGGAGGGGGACAGGGUGUGACAAAGGUCCUGGGAUUUGUUUACUUGGGCCCUGAAGUCUAGAAACAGACCCAGGGGGGUUGUGGGUGGAAAGUCGUUAAUUUAUGGAAAAGGAAACAAACCCCCUGGACUGGGCUGGGAAAAAGUGACCAGACUCCAGGUGCUGGAGCCUGAACCUACUAGCCAGAGUCUUGUAUGAAAUAUGAAGGAAACACCCACCAGCGAUGAUUUGGGGAAAUGCCCCAUCCCCUCCCAUUCAACUGCUGGCAAUAGGGAGGGUGUUGGGAUUCCUGCUGAGGGCUGUUCCUGGGUGGCACUGGAUCCCCAUCUUCUGUAUCAGCCUCAGGCUAGGAUUUGUGUGAUGAAUGUGAAGACUCCUGUUCCCUGUGUCUACUGUAUAGAAAGCUCAUGCUCCACUACAUCUGUUAGUCUAUAAGGUGCCACAGGAGUUUGCUGCUAAUAUAGGAGAGGGGCUCUCUGUCUCCCCUCACCCUGAUGCUUCCUGGCUGCGCAGGUCAGGGUCGGUGUAACACUUUCUCUACUUCCCUGAGCUGCCAUAUGGUUGUCCCUCCUCUCCUGUGACCAGUGGGGUUGUCAAUAGGCAGCAGGCACUGAGUAGGGGAGUUCUUGCUCUUUCAGGCACCAGUGACCUUCGAGGAGGUGGCUGUGUACGUCACCAGGGAAGAGUGGGCUUUGCUGGACCACGCUCAAAGAGCCCUCUACAGAGACGUUAUGCAGGAGAACUAUGAGAAUGUGACCUCGCUGGCAGGGUUUGCAGCUUCCAAACCUGAUGUGAUCACCCAUCUGGAACGAUGGGAAGAGCCGUGGCUUCUAGAGCUCCAGGGCUCUGAGGAAAGAGAGAACCUGGGAGCCACCAGCCGAAGUGAGGAGUCAUUAAACCAACUGAAAACCUGUCAGUGCCGGCAGGGAACAGCUGGGCUUCCCUGCAAAGCCCUUCUGAAUUCUCUGAGUGACAAGAUGGUAAAUGAGAAGAAGGAGCAGAAUCCUCGGCAGGAAGCAGUUGAGCAAAUGCCACCACAUGUGGCCAGAUCCCAAGAGAAUGUGUCCUGGAAUCAUGAGCAAGGAAAAGCCUGUGAGCAUCAGCGAAAGUCAGAGAAGUGGCAGGAAAACCAAUCAAGGGAGAAAGUUGGUAAAUCUAUUAAUUAUCAGGGAAUUCAGAAGGGUCUCAAGGAAACCAAAGCCCAGCAGAGCAUCCCUGCGGGAGAGAGAAAUAACACAUGCUCUGAGUGCGGGAAAAACUUCCACAGCCACUCACACCUUAUUAGACAUGAGAGAAUCCAUAAUGGAGAGAAACCCUACAAGUGCUGUGAGUGUGGGAAAAGCUUCAAUCAGCGCUCGCACCUUCUUACACAUCAGAGACUCCACACAGACGAGAGCUCCUAUGAAUGCCAUCAGUGCGGAAAAAGCUUCAAGGAGAGAUCAAACCUUCUUAAACAUCAAAGAAUCCAUACAGGGGAGAGACCCUAUGCAUGCCGUGAGUGUGGGAAAAACUUCAGUCAUCACUCAGCCCUUGUUGUACAUCAGAGGAUCCAUACAGGAGAGAGACCCUACAGAUGCUGUGACUGUGAGAAAAACUUCAGUUCCCGGUCAGACCUUAUUAAACAUCAUAGAAUCCACACCGGGGAGAAACCCUAUGAGUGCAGUGAGUGCAGGGAAAACUUCACCCAAAGUUCUGCCCUGAUUACACAUCAGAGGAUCCACACAGGAGAGAGACCCUAUGCAUGCUGUGAGUGCGGGAAAACCUUCAGUCAUAGCUCUGCUCUUGUUACCCAUCAAAGGAUCCAUACAGGAGAAAGACCUUACAGAUGCUGUGACUGCAGGAAAAACUUCACUUACUGCUCAGACCUUAUUAAACAUCAGAGGAUCCACACAGGGGAGAGACCCUAUGAAUGCUGCGAGUGUGGGAAAACCUUCACUCUGAGCUCACACCUUAUUGCACAUCAGAGGAUCCACACAGGGGAGAGACCCUAUGCAUGCUGUGAAUGUGGGAAAACCUUCAGUCAGAGCUCACAUCUUAAUAAACAUCAAAGGAUCCACACAAAAAGAGACCCUAGGAAUGCUCUGAGUGCAGGAAGUGCUUCCAUCAGAGCUCAGUCCUUAUCAUCAGAGAAGCUCCAAGGGAGAGAAACACCGUGACAAAAUUGUCUAAGGCAGAGAAAAGUUUUUUUUUUCCACCCCUUUACACUUUUGCUGUUUCCCAUAUUGUGAACAUUAAGGCUGUUUGCUGCAUUUGCGCCACCGUGAUCUCUCAGCUGAAUUGCCCUCCUCUCCCUUUGGCUGCUCACCCUUCCUUAAGGCAAAUCCCAUGGUCCUUUUUAUCAACCCCCAGGUCAUGGAAAUGUGUCCCUCUCCAACAGGAAUGUCUGUCAGCUCCAGGUGGGGAAAACAGGGGUAACCUCAAUUAGCUACAUUGAGGUUAAAUCUACCUGGGCUUUGUCCCCAUUACAAUUUAGCUAGCGAGCGUUAGCUAUCCUGAUGUAAAACACAACUAUUCUUGCACUAAAAAAAUAGUCCACAUAUAGUCACUGGGCUAAUCCAAUAUGUUUUUUCAUGACUUGAACAUAACCUCCAUCACUUGUCUUAGUCUAAACAAACCCGCAGCAUCACAUUUAUACUCUUCUUUCCACUGAAAAGUAAUAGUUAGUCACCCAGUUCCCUAACCGGGGACAGAUUGGCUCAUUCUCGAGUCUUCUCACAUUGCACUGGGUUCUGCUGAAGAGCAGUUAUUCUUGUACCAUUUUUCUCAUGUAAAUAUAUUUAAAUAUAAUACAGAGCAGGAGGAGGGGGGGAUAAGUGUUUUUUCAGCUGCUGUGACACCCGAAGAUGAUGGCGUGAGUCAGAGGGAUUCCCACCUUCCUCGUCACCCCAGCAGUGUUGCCUUCUUGCUGAGUUAUGUGAGGUUUAUCUUCUCCACAUUCAACACCUCCCCAAGUGUCAUGUGAUGCAGCGUUCUCAGCUCUCUGUGCUUGGGAAGCAUAGUUUGAUUUCUUUGGUCUUAAAAUGUAUUCAUUUAGGGCUGGAGAUGAAGGUAUCACAGAUCUGGGAGAGGAAUUUGAAAGGAUCCCAAAUGCAAUGUGAGCACUUGGCGUAUAAAUCCAUUUCUGUCUGUUGGCAAAGCCUCUGCUAGGUUUUUUUCCUACUGAUCUGGGAUUGUUUGCGGAUUGGAAGCCUGCUCAAUAACAUCUCCUGAAGCCACUGGCCUCCCUCAGCCCUUACUCCCAGCAGAAUCUGCUCCUUGCUGAAAAUGGGGCUGUGAAAGCGGGCAAAUCAGAAGGGAGGCUUGGGCAGAAUUUGUGCAGGGCAGGCAAGCUGAAUGCAUUGGUGGGUCAAAAUGUGGAGGCAUGGGAGGCAGCGGGGCAAAGUCAGGGCCAGGAAGUAGGAGCUGGUAUAAGAAAAGGGAAGAUGCAUGGCCAGAUCAUGGCGAUAGGGAGGGGUACAGGGGAUAACACCUCAUAAUUGGGGGAGCCUUCCAAAGUGUUUUCAAACCUAGAAUGUAGACGCAGAGGGGCUUUACUGAGCCCCACAGGAUGGUCCAUCUCCGUACCCCCUCCCCAGGGCUGUGUUCCUGAAGGAACAUCCCUAGGCCUAGACGAGGCAGCUGAUCCUGAUCUGAAAUGAUGUAUGGAGCUGCUGAAGGAGACUGGAAGCAGUGACGUAUUUUUUCCAUCCGCUCCUUAAAAAUUGGUAAUUUUCAUACAUGUUUUUGGAGUUUAAACUUGGGAGUGCUUGGUAACAGCAAAGUAGCAACCCGUGCAGGAGAGCAAUUCAUUAGUUACUGUUAUGUCUAUAUACCCUCAGCCCUAAAAGCCCCAGUCACACACACUGUGUCCCUACUGUUUUAAAUGUUAUACAAACACUGAGCAGCCCUAGGCUUGAGGAGCUGACAAGCCAGCCAGACACGGUGGGGCAGGGGUAGACCGUACCAGCAGAGCAAACAACGUGACGGCAGCAACUGGCGUGUUAAUGUCGCCGUGUUUUCUUUUUGCUGGGUUUGAAUUACAAUGUGACCAGCUAAAGAGGAGGGACAGGGACAUUGAAUGGAUAGGGGGAAGGGGUGUGGAGAACAGGGUAAGACAAGUGACGGGAAGGUGAAGAGAUCGGGAGGGAGGUGAAAGGGGUAAGAGGACUGAGGGCUCAGACAAGCCCUCAGCACAGGGCAGAGGAAGCCCAGUCAAAAACUGGUCUUUGAACCUCCAGAAAUCUCUUAUUUUGCUGCUUCUGCUCCAACUGACUGGGGUUUCAGGCUGGCUGGUUCUGCUAUUCAAAGUGUCCCCUAUGCCCCCCCCCCCCCAUCCCCCAGGAGAACAAUGGGACUUCAGGGAGCUGGAGUGUUACCCCAGAAUUUGAGAGUACUGCAGUCAGCAAUUUUGUGUGGUCAGACACUCCCAGCUCAAAACAAAACAUGACAGAGCUAGAGGCAAGGCCACAUAACUGCAUGUUUUCUGGUUUGCUAUCAGAAUGAAAGGAUGGGAUAAGUGAAUGUAUUGUAAGAAUAGCAGGAAUGUUUGAACGACCGACCUUGGCCUUGAGCACCUCUGACACCAUUAACGUAUAAGUUUAGUUAUUAUGAAUAAAAAUGUUUUGAUGAUAAGAGAUAAUGACUAGUUUUGCUGAAAGUAGGAGAAUUGGUGACCCACUAGGGGUUACUGUGGUGACCCACUAGGAGUCACUAGAAGUUAUGUGCUUUGUUUGAAGUUAGCUAAUAAAGAUUAGUGAAAGAAUUUGCGUUGGAACAGUCCAAGGAAGCUUUCUUUGGGCAAGGAUCUGACAGCUACAUUCCUCAGCAGAUAGAUCGAAGGCAGUCCCUCCCAGAAACCUGGAUGUUGAACCCUCAAAACCAUUUCUUAACUUUAGAUAAAUAUAAAUGAAGAUUGGGGUUGGAAGAGAUCUCAGGAGCUUAUCUAGUCCAACCCCCCUGCUCAAAGCAGG